AUGGUCGGACAGGCAUUGACUUCGGUUGCUAUCGUCGGUGGAGGACCUGGAGGAUUAGGAACGGCGAUUGCUCUCUCGGAACUGCCAUUCCUAAAAGUGACUCUGUAUGAGAAAAACACAGAGCCCCGAGAGGCUGGCGCGGGUAUCAGUCUAAGUACGAAUGCAUGGAGAGUUCUGGAUUUACUUGGAGCCAGUGACGGGGUAAAGGGAGGUUCUAAAUCCAAUACACACCAAAGAAAUGCCUACACGGGGAAGGUUUUGAACGUCACUCAGCAUCCUGAGAAUUCGGCUGCAGAUUCUCGAGGAGCAAUCCGUGCUCGCAGAACCCGAUUGCAGUCAGCUCUCUUAUCUCAAGUUCCGGAGGGCUUGAUCCAAUUUGACAAGAAGGUGGUAUCUUUGGAGAAUCUUUCGGGCCAAGGAGUUCGUUUAGUUUUCCAAGACCAAACGGAGGCGAUCGCAGACAUUGUAGUUGGGGCGGACGGGCUACAUUCUGUUCGUCAACCCUCUCGCGUUGGAACUAGCAACAGUGCAUUCCGUGUCCUUGUUCCGAAGUCUCGUCUAGCUCAUAUCCCAGAUAUCACGACUACAACGUCAUGGUGGUGGGGCGAAGCUGGGCAUGUAUAUCUCUCCGAUGUGGACGAUGAGGAAGAGACCAAAGAUCCACGUUUUGAAAUCACCGUUCGUUCCUAUCGUGAACCCGACGUCUCGGGCAAGACAGUCUUUUGGGGCAUCCCUGCCACCAACGAGAAAGUGGGAUCGCGUGUUGAGAAAUUCGACCAAAGAAUAAGAGACGCAGUAAGCGCGGUGACUGAAGGAGAAUGGCGGGAGUUUGCGACAUUCGCUGGACCUCGUCUGGACAAGAUCACUCACUGGGACAAGGUCGCCCUUAUCGGAGAUGCCAGUCACCCUCUUUCCGGCGCAUUUGGUUCCGGGGCGACGUUUGCCAUGGAGGAUGGUUGGAUCCUCGCGCGGGCCCUCGAGUUUACUCGGUUUGCUUCUCGUCCUGUAAGCGAUGCUCUCGAGAUCUUUGAACAAAUAAGGGCUCCGUACUAUGCCAAGAUGUAUCAGCAUCUAGACGAAAUCCGCGAUAAAACGCAACAACUUCAAGCACAAGAGAAGGAUUUUGAUGUCUUUUUGCAAGCCAAGAUUGACUCCUUCCUUUAUGGAGAUAAGGAUUUCAUUUAUCAGAAUGACAUCAAGAAAGUGUGGGACGAUUAUCUUGUGGCAGAGCAGACAGGGUUAUAA